AACACCGCAUGUAUGCUCCGCCAUCAGCGAGCGCUGCGUCCGGAGAUCUCGGCUAGAGCAUCACUACGGCCGAGGCAUGUGAACUCUAGGGCUGUAUUUAUAACCGCCCCUGGGAACGAACAGGUUGUCGUUUAACCUACAAAACAUGUCAGAUAAUGACUGUUGUUCACAUGUCGGGAAUUCACAACUGAGGCGCCGUUCCAGCUGACGACCCAGGCACCCUUCCAGUGGAUGACUGCAGACAAAGUGCAAAACUUGUCAUAAACACAGCCGCCAUGAUAGAACGCCGGAAACAACGGACAAAUGGCGUCCAGUCUCUCGAGAUCGCGCGAGACAACAGUGAUUUAGAAUUGGGAAAGCCUAAAAGCAACCCGGGUAGAAGACGCUACCUGUAUUUACUCGUGCUGGUGCCUAUAGUGUGGUUUCUUGUUGCUUUUAAAAUAUCUUUAUAUGACGUGGAAAAGGACAGCAAAACGGGGCGUCAUCAACAGACUGACGGUCGUGGGCCGGUCUCUAGAGAUCACGAUCAUAUUGAUAAUGUAAAAUAUGAAGAAAUUAAAAGUUGGAAGAGGGACGAUGACACAAGAGAUGACCACAUAGUCAAUCUAAGGGGAGAUAAUCCGGAGAAGAAGAGCAAGAUGAAGAUUCUCAAUCCCCAUCCGGGUCUUGGCGAGCGUGGAGCAGCCUCUAUCGUCGAUGCGUCGUUGCUGAGUCCUGAAGAGAAGGUGGCGUUUGAACAAGGGGAUGCCGUCCACCAUUUCAAUGAGUUUGUUAGCGACAAGAUCUCCCUGGAGAGAGCGGUGCCCGAUUUCAGGAAUCCAGAAUGCCAAGCUGCCUUCCAGUUCUACCCCAAAGACCUACCGUCCGUAUCGGUGGUCAUCUGCUUUUAUAAUGAGGCAUGGUCAACACUUCUCCGGACAAUCCACUCUGUAUUGAACAGGACCCCUGAAAACCUCCUGGAGGAGAUUCUACUGGUGGACGAUGGAUCGAACUUAGGGGACCUGGGCGAGCCGCUUGACGAGUACACGGCCGCCAUGCCGAAAGUGCACGUGAUCCGGACCAAUCAGAGACUGGGCUUGGUGAGAGCCCGGAUGGAGGGUAUCAAAUUUGCCAGAGCCCCCGUGUUGGUGUUCCUCGACUCUCACUGCGAAUGUGGUUAUGGGUGGUUAGAGCCUCUGUUAGUCCCCAUCAAAGACAACCCCUCUACCGUUGUCACCCCAACCAUCGACGUCAUCGACAAGGACGACUUCCGCAUCAACAACGCGGACAACAACAUCGGCGGCUUCAGUGCAGAGUCUAUGACGUUCAACUGGAUUUCAGUGCCGCCCAGAAUCAACCGCUACAGGACAACAAUGGCGGACCCGUUUGUCUCCCCGACGUUAGCAGGUGGACUGUUCGCCAUAAACAAGGAUUACUUCAGCAGCAUAGGGAUGUACGACACUGGUCUGGAGGUGUGGGGAGGGGAGAACCUGGAGCUGUCACUCAAGCUGUGGAUGUGCGGCGGCAAGAUCCUCAUCAGCCCAUGUUCCAGAGUGGGCCAUAUAUUUCGCCUCAAGUCCCCAUACGUCAACGUGGGAGACACGUUCCUGUCCAAGAACGCAGCGCGCGUGGCGGAGGUGUGGCUGGACGAGUACAAGUGGUUCCACUUCAAGAGCAACCCUUUCUCACCGGCCAACUACGGCGACAUCACGUCGGCAAAGAAGUUACGUAGCGAACUCAAGUGUAAGCACUUUGACUGGUAUCUGGAGAACAUCUACCCCGAGUUGUUCAUUUCCGGUUCCGGUGACCACUUUGGGCAGAUUUCUCAUGUAGGAACGGGCUUGUGCCUGUCUUCUCCGCAAUGGGAGCAGCCAUUAGUGAUGCUCAAUUGUGGUACUGGGACAAUCUGGGAAUCUGACAAGAUGCUGGAGAUCCGCCAUAAUUUCUACUGUGUGGACUUCUACCCUGGCGUGCACCACGCGCCGUAUGCCAUUCCGUGCAAGUCAGAGCAGACGACACAAGUGUGGACAUUCAAAAAGGCCGAGGGUCAGAUCAUCCACCAGAUGACCAACUCAUGUCUGACAGUGAAGGACCCGAAAGUCAUCACCCUGGAGCCGUGUGUCCCUGAUGACGUCUCCCAGAAGUGGAGCUGGCCAACAAAUCCCCAUUUCCAGUUUAACAGAACAGCUGCUGCAGAAAUGGCGAAAGAGGCAGGCUGGUGAAGCACUCGGCACACAUCGGUAGAGUUCGUGAAUGAUCAGUUACGUCACAAACAGAAAUUGUAAUGGUUUUUUGAGAGACAGUACAUUGAGUGCAAUCUCUGGUUCAAGGUACGAAGUGCUGAUUGUAUUAACAAAUGUCCUGUUACCCCAUGCUUCAGGAGUUAUUUUCGUUGCUACUCGUGUCUUUCCGCAGUCCUUCGGUUUUUCACGGAAUGACACGAGCAGGUACGAAUGUCGGAUGAUAAAUAAGGUCGGUAAAAAUUAUACAUAUUUUGUUACCUAUUGUAGAUUAUGACACAUUCGUUGGUCUACUGAGCCCAAUACUCCUUGUGACGCUUCUUUUUUUUUAUUAAAAUAUAAAACGAAAUGGUUGGGGUUAGAGGUUGCUGGGGGCUGGAUCCCCUACUCCUUCAGGUCUGCAUAAUAACGUAAUACAUCCAUACGAUAACCAGCAGUACAAUAGUGACAGCGAGAUCAUACAAUAACGACCAAUCGUACAAUAGAGACAGCGAUAUCAUACAAUAACGACCAACCGUACAAUAGAGACAGCGAGAUCAUACAAUAACGACAAAUCAUGCCAUAGAUAGCGGGAUUAUACAAAACGACCAGUUGGGCAACAGAGACAGCGAGACCAUGCAAAAACGACCAACUGUACAAUAGAGACGCGAGAUCAUACAAUAACGACCAACUGUACAAUAGAGACAGCGAGAUCAUACAAUAACGACCAACUGUACAAUAGAGACAGCGAGAUCAUACAAUAACGACCAACUGUACAAUAGAGACAGCGAGAUCAUACAAUAACGACCAACUGUACAAUAGAGACAGCGAGAUCAUACAAUAACGACCAACUGUACAAUAGAGACAGCGAGAUCAUACAAUAACGACCAUUCGUACAAUAGAGACAGCGAGAUAAUACAAUAACGACCAACCGUACAAUAGAGACAGCGAGAUCAUACAAUAACGACCAACUGUACAAAAGACACAGCGAGAUCAUACAAUAACAACCAAUCGUACAAUAGAGACAGCGAGAUCAUACAAUAACGACUAAUCGUACAAUAGAGACAGCGAGAUCAUACAAUAACGACCAAUCGUACAAUAGAGACAGCAAGAUCAUACAAUAACAACCAAUCGUACAAUAGAGACAGCGAGAUCAUACAAUAACGACCAAUCGUACAAAGACACAGCUAGAUCAUACAAUAACGACCAACUGUACAAUAAAGACAGCGAGAUCAUACAAUAAAGACCAGCCGUACAAUAGAGACCGCGAGAUCAUUCAAUAACGACCAAUCGUACAAUAGAGACAGCGAGAUCACACAAUAACAACCAAUCGUACAAUAGAGACAGCGAUAUCAUACAAUAACGACCAACUGACGAAUCAUACAAUAGGCAGUGCCCUAAACAUCACCAGGAGUAAUUAUAUAGAUGUGAACCUUUCGUUAAUAACUGUCUUUAACACAAAGACGUCACACUAAACACACACAAGUCCAAUCAUGUGCAAGAAAACCACAAUAGGGUGAAAUAUACUUCAGCUGCCUUGAAUAUUUAUUUGUAUAGCUGUGCCAGCGUCUUUCCGAGCGUGUUGGGGUGUGUAUUAAGCAUAUUAAUGACGUCUAGACCAAUGGGGUGUAUAUCAUGUGAGGGACGUCUACACGAGUGUAUUUGGGGCGUGUAUGAGGGACUGGAAUUUAAUCAAAAGUAUUUCGACAUUAUGUGUUUUGAAUUAUUUAUGUCACAGUGAAACAUACCUAUUUUAGGUAGACGUUUUUCGUUUACGUUACUGUCACCCCAGACUCAGGCCAGUAGGUCGAGGUGAAAGUAUAUUUCCAUUUUAAAUUAUAAUUGAUUUAUAAGAAAAACAUGUUGUGGGGAGGAGGGAAGUGAGGAUGGGUUAAAAUAGGGAAAUAUACAACAAGAAAUAAUGACAUGUUGGGAUGACUACAGUUAAUUUGUUUUCUUUAAUUGUUUUAAUAUUUAUUUGCUGUCAGGGGAAUAAAAACACCGAGACGGCUUUUCAAAUAAAACUUGUUCGGAGGCCACGGACUUUACAGAGCAAGUAUUAAAAAAGUCUGACCUUAUUUUGAAAUUAUACCCUUUACAUUUCGCUUUGUGUUUGACCAUGGAAUGUAUCGUCUAACUUGUGUAUAUAUCUAGUUACGAGCUAAUUUCCUUGAGUUCAGAAGUACUAACAAAGCUAGAAUCAACAACGUCAUAAUCAAAAUCCUGCUUUAUGUUUCCACCUGUGUGCAAGUGUCAAUCAAAGCAAAAAAUAUAUAUGUUAUUUAUGUUUUUUAUACAAAUGUCAGUAUAACCUUCCUGACAGCUGGUAGCAAUGGGUAACAACAUGACAGGGUCUGAAGUGUCAUAUUAAGUUGGUGCGGGUAACAUCAUCCUCGGUUUUCUGCAAUAUCUGUGUUGUGUUGUUUAUUGGGGCGGUGGGGUAGCCUAGUGGUUAAAGCGUUGGCUCGUCACGCUGAAAACCCGGGUUCGAUUCCCCACAUGGGCACAAUGUGUGCGGCCCAUUUCUGGUGUCCACAGCCGUGAUAUUCCUGGAAUAUUGCUAAACGCGGCGUAAAACCAUACUCUCUCACUCACUGACUCACUCACGUUGUGUUGUUUAUCACUACAGAAUAGAAAUACACCCUUGCACACCGAGGAUGACACCAUAAACACACAUGUCGUAUGUCCUGUAUGACGAAUCAUUCCGACUAUAAGUGCUGAGGUAGGGCCAUGUCUAAGAUUAACAUAGCCUGACGUCUAGUCUCUGAAAUUAACAUUUGUUUUUGGAAGAGGCGACUAACGGGAUCGGGUGGUCAGGCUUGCUGGCUUGGUUGAUACAUGUCUUCGUAUCCCAAUUGCGCAGAUCGAUGCUCAUGCUGUUGAUCACUGGAUUGUCUGGCCCAGACCCGAUUAUCUACAGACUUCCGUCGUAUAGCUGGAAUAUGUCUGAAUGCUUACAGUUUAGUAAGUGAAUGGAAGUUUUAAACAAUUAACUGUCCGGCUGUAAAUACAUCAGAGACGAUACGUUUAGUCUGUACCAAUUUUUCGCAAAUGUCUUUCACACCAACACGUAAAUGAGUUUCGAUGUAUUUUCCCCGACAUAAUCGAUAAAAGAUGGGCGGCGGGGUAGCCUAGUGGUUAAAGCGUUCGCUCCUUACGCCUAAGACCAGGCCAAGGUUACAAUGAAUGAAGCCAAUUGCUGGUGUCCCCCGCCGUGAUAUUGCAUAAAUAUUGCUAAAAGCGGCAUAGAACCAUGUUCACUAACUCACUCACUCGACCAGCCCAGAUUGCUAGGGACCAUGUCAAACGAGAAGAAUAUGGACCUUGUCUGUAAAUAGACAAGUCAAUAUUGUUCUGUCAGAACAGAGGAAAUACGGUAUAGGGUAAUAUUAGCCUUACGAUGGAGCUUCACAUUUCAACACGUUUUGUCCACAGCUUGGUGAUCCAUGUGCAGUGAAGAUACACAUCACGUCCUCAUAGUUAAUCCACAGAGGUCGACCCACUGUAGAUUCCAUACGUAUUGUUUUCUGUUUGUAAACGAGCUAUUUUGUAUGGAUAGAUGUGUAGUCUAUCUAUGCAUUCAGACGCAUGUUUUUGUUUGUUUGAAAAGGCUCAAUCAGGAAAGAUCAACUGACAAUUUGAUAAUUAGAAAGUCGUUUAUCAUAUUGACAUGGUGGCCCAUAUGGUCCAAUAGGUGAAUUCCUUUGUCAAUUGGUACCUCGUUAUAAGGACAUUUUAAAACCGGCUCGUUUUGAUGUUGAACUAUUUUGUUUGUUACAGAUGUACGUGUAACUAUAGAAUGUGUUCGCCCUGAGAUUGGGUUAGGUCAGGGGCGAAAUAUCCACAAAGGUUCCCAGAUGUGUUACAUUGAUGUGUCCUCAUGCAAGCCAUCAUAAUGGCGUGUUGAUGUCAUGAAUAGAGAGGGUGCCUUAUAUCGAGGGAGUAGUCAUUUAGUAUAUGGUCAAAAGGAUAGCCGAUCGAAAAUCAAGGAAUAUAUUAUCCUAGCACGCAUGUGUUUGAAACGUGUAACAAAUUGAAUAUUUAAGUAAGAAUGAGUUGUCAUUUGUCAAUUCAGUAUCUGGCAUGUUGAUGUCAUGAAUAGAGAUGGUGCGUUAUAACGAGGGAGUAGUCAUUUAGUAUAUGAUCAAAAGGAUAGCCGAUCGGAAAUCAAGGGAUGUUAUCCUAGCACACAUGUGUUUGAAACGUGUAACAAAUUGAAUAUUUAAGUAAGAAUGAGGUGUCAUUUGUCAAUUCAAUUUAUGACGUCACGGAAUAAUCUUGAAUUUUAUUUAACUCGCUGAAUCAAGAAAAAUGCUGCCAGCGUGUGUUAUUAUUGAUAGGCGGGUGAUAAUCUUUUGCUUUUCGGGAAAAAUACAUCCAGAGCUCUCAACCCGAUUAAUAAGUGACUGGUCCUUAGUUGUGUCUGUACAUCAUUAUACUCUAUUGCCUAUUGACCUGUGUUAGCCACGCUAUAGCGAGGAAAUGUUGAGAAGGCGCAUGAUGUCGUUAAUGAUUGACACAUAAGUUAUUGACAUGUUAAUCUGGAUUGGGACAAAUGUGUUUUAGGGACUGAUUUAACAUUUUCCGCAACGUUUACAAUACCAAUCAAUUAUAUCUAUUUUCCUAAAUUUACAUUUUUUAAAAUUUAGAAACAGAUUUUUUUUUUAAACUUUGAAACAAAUUUGUAACGGAAUUGGGUAUACCGAUGGCUUUCAAGAGGUUAAUGAAAAGCAUUUUCAUUUUCUCAACCACAAUCACAUGUUUGGGUGUUAAUACGAAUUACACGACAAAAAUCCGACUCGAGUGAGUCUUUAUUCAUGUAAUCGACUUUGAGAAGUUUUUUCAUGACAAUAAUUCUUUGAAGACUGCGAAUUGAAGAUAGAAUUGUAUUUAUGGUAUUGAGUAAAGUCAUGUGUUUCAAUUUGAUUAACGCCAUUUACAAGCAGAUAUUAAUCAUAUUAUUCGUCUGAUGUCCCACCCAUCCAGGGUAUAAAAGCUCAUGAGCAAGAAUUUUAAAUCAAAAGGAAUUACUACGUUUAUUACAUCUGAGUUACUUUCAGCAGAACCGCUGUCAUACAUUAGCAAUUUGUACGUUUUGGCGAGUUUGCUGACUUGAGUGUUGACUAAUAUAUCCUGAUACAGGGUUGAUUUUGUCCGGAUUUACAAGGUGCCAAGAAAACGAGGUUCUACUUUCCACAAACAUCCGUGGGACCGAACAGAAGUCUGUUGGUAACAUGAAUUAGUAUUGUUUUAUGUGCCAUAAUGACUAGGACUGCAACGAUUCGGUUCGAUUCAUCGAAAAUAAAUCUGACACUUUCGAUUUUCGAUAACCAUUAUCACUAUUUCGAUUCAAUAUUUGAAUACCUUUUUAAAUUAUUUCCACACAACCAGGACGUAAUUUUGACUCCAACUCGAGCAGUUUCGAGGGCUGAAAUAAGGCGAAACGUGAUUGGUUGACGCCGGGCUAAUUAUCCGGUGAGAAUUGUUGUUAACAGACAUCACCAAGUUGACGAUGGAUUUCACGCUUAAAAAACGCCGACUCUGAGAGUUAAAUGAAAUCUGAUGUUUUUACUUGUUUUAAGAAUCGAACCGAAAUGAUCGAAUCGAGGGCCCAAUAUCGAAAAUCGAAUCGAAUCGAGGUCUGGGUUAAUCGUUGCAGCCCUAAAUUAAUGACUCCUGAAAUGGAUUGGGAGUUCGUUCCACAACUCGAUCGUGUCGCUAUAGACUGAUCAUGAUCGCAUACUUUAACAUUGACUUCUUCAAACGUUUUUUGUAAAGGUGUUCUCAUUGUUUGUCUCAACCUACUUUUUUAUGCUAAACGUUGGACAACUGACAAAGCAUCUGAAAAAAGUAAUGAAAAACUAGUUCAUGGUCAUGUAAAACAGAUGUCUGAAGUUUUCUUCGACUAACAUCUCUGAUAUGAACAUAUUUUACAGUAAACAAUAGUUUCUAAAUUAAAAUAAAAUAUAAAAAAAUGGAGCCAAGAGAGACUUUCUUCAUUUUCUGAAACUGUGGUAAGUUAGACUUGUCACACAUUGCAUGGGCUGCAUGGGGUAUAUUUGUUUCAGGGUCUGUAUGACAGACUAAACUUUCUGCACCUAUAAAGGUGGCGUCAGUGUUCUUUAUACAUUGUCGUUUAUAUUUAUCAUGAAUUAAUGGAUUAUAUUCGUUAUUUGUACAGUUAUAUCUUUGAGGGAAAUAUGUUGUUGGGAAAGUAGUAUUGUUAGAGUGAGCGGUAUGCAUUGUCUUUAUGCAAGCUGAAAUAAAUUAUUUUUCACA